AGGCUGCUGCGGCUGCUGAAGAGGAUAUGAGGAGCAGCCGCGGAGGAAGAGGACUCCAGUCCGACCUUGUCUGGCUCACGGUCCCGCGCACGGUUUGUGCGUAAAAACGCUGCUAAAACAGUUGGCGGCGUUUUAACGCCCCUUCAGGCGCGCACAACUCCGGCCUUCAUUCAUGUCCUUCUGGGUUUUUUAACCACUUCUGGGUAACGUGCACCGGAGAGCCACACUAUACUCCAGCCCUCUUCCGCAUAUUGGAUUUCUGUGCUGAGAGAAGGUCGCCCGUGUCCCUCCAAGGAACCGGGAAAGGAAGAUUGCUGCUUCCACGGACUCAGUCCAUUUUUGACUUUUUAAAACGUUUGCUGUACAGUUUUAAUCAAAGGAUUUCCUCAACUCUUGAAGCGUUUUUUUGCCUACUGGCGGGGAUUACUCGCUUGCAUCGCUUGCAUUUGAAUUUGUGGAAUCGGAUUUCGGGACAGGCUUGUGCGUAAGGAGCAGUGCACAUUCGAUCAUAAUGCAUUUGAUUUAGGACACCAUCUGUCUACACGAAGUGACCAAAUUAAGCCGGGAUGGCGAGCGAGAGUAAUCGUUAUAUUGUGGAAAAGUACAUCUGCCAUAAACUCUCCAAGAGGGGCUUCGAGUGGGGGUUCGAUGAUGUCCGGGACGAGGAUGAAGCGGAUAACGGGUCGAUAGUUGCCCCUCCGCCGACUUUGGUGCGCCGGUGCCGCGAAGCCAGCACCGGGCCCGACAACCAGAGCCUCCCCAGCCUGUUCAGACGGCUCCCGCAGUCCGAGCCGCACGAUGCCAUCCACCGGGUCCUGCGGGAGGCUGGGGACGAACUUGAGAGACUGUACCAGCCGGACUUCACGGAGAUGUCGCGGCAGCUCUACCUCACCUCCAACACGGCGCAGAGGCGGUUCGCCGAGGUGAUCGACGAGCUGUUCCGGGACGGGGUGAACUGGGGCCGGAUUAUCGCCUUCUUCGAGUUCGGGGGCACCGUGUGCGUGGAGUGCGCGGCCCGGGAGGAGAUGACAUCGCAGGUGGAGAACAUCGCGGAGUGGAUGACAGAGUAUUUGAAUGGACCUCUAAACAGCUGGAUUAAAGACAACGGGGGAUGGGACAGGACAAUGCUAGUUGGCUUGGUUUGGGUCCAACCAGUGGGGGAUUCCCCGAGCACAAUCUGCCCAUCAACGGGUGGGACCUGCAUGCUGCUACGGUGUUGCGGGCGUCUGGCUGCACCCCUCUACUCCCUUGUUGCGGCUGAGUGGAUCUAGUUCAGCGAGGAAGUCAUUAAUCUCCAUAUAGGUGACAUGUCGGCGAGGAAGAGAGGAAAGAAAAAACAAAAACAAACUGAAUUAUAAAGGAAGCACAUACAGCCCAUCAUGGAAGAGUUAAAGGGUUCUCACUUACAUUCAAUUUGCGUCCUCUUGAUUCUAAUUCUUUAUCUUUAGCAAGUCAGCCACUCACUGUUGCCCCAUUCAGGUGUUUCCCUUGGCUGUCAACAUACAAAAACAAGCCUCCAUUGGUAAUGGCGGGAAUGCUACAUUUGAGGAGUUGUGCUCGGUAAUAAGCUCUAUAAGUCAUGGUCGAUCCAAGUAGAAACCUUCUCUUUUCACUCUGCACGUUACAGUCCAUCUCUUCAUUUAUGUUCUUUAUCAGUCCAACCUCACAACCCAGACUGUGGGACCAGCUCUGAUGUCGUGUUCCCAGCAAUCACACAGAGGAACGAUUACUCAUGCAAAUAGCAUUCAGGGGUUUUCACUCCCAACCAUCAUUUCCAAACGGAGAAAUAACGACAUCAUUUCAGCCGCUGCAAGAGUAGAAAACUCUGCAGCUGAGGCCGAGUUUGGAGAUUUCAAUGCCAAUGUUGUCUCUUGAUGUGGACUCCGCGGCUCUGUAAUAGAGACAAAGGGGCUUAGUGUGGCGAGAAGCAGCCAAGGUUUCCCCCCUGUACUGUACCCCUUUUGCUGCGCAGGCCCCAGUCGCUCACCAUCUGCCACCGUGUUUACACCCGUCAGCCCGGCAAACUGUAAUGGCAGAAACAUUUCCUACAGACACGGGCAGCUCUGGGCUGUACGUUCCUGAAUCAAUCUGACAUUAAUGCUGUCUUUAAGGAGCAGCCCAGGAGAGAUCUGGAGUCUCGCUGCUAUCUGGCUCUCUGAGUGUUUGGAAUACUUAAGGAAGAAUGUCUAAGCCUCUUUAGGAGGUGUGGUGAGAAUAACAAUAAAAAGGCUCCUUCAGUCAGUUCUACUGCUGAGGUGUAUCUGCCUAAAAUAAACUAAUGGUUGACUUUUAGGCAUAUAUAAGGAUCUCAUUUUACCUUUAUCUUCACCUUUACAUUGAAAAAGAUAUAUAUUAUCCGAUCUUUAUAUUCAUGCCGGAUAUAUACAGGAGUUUUGGGGCACAAUUUACUGAAAAACCUGCUACAUGUGAUGUUACCACCAGCGGCGAUGCAGCAGGUACGCAAAGAACCUAGGACCCCGAGCUGAUGGGGCUGGGGGGCCCCAAAAAACUCCUGAUUAUGUUCCUCCUCAAUAACGAAUUUCGUUAGAGCUAUAGUCUGUGACUGCUAUAUACAGGAAACUGCAACCACACUACCAAAGCCAAAAACGUUGUACUUUAUGCAGUUUGCUGGAAGACUAGAACGUCUAAAGGAGCGAGUAUGAUGUUUUGGGGAUUAAUGUGUUUCUUUUUUGGGGAGGGUUGUUUUGUUUUAAUAGUCCCUUCUGCCCAGGGCCCGUAAAUUCCCUUCAAACACACCUGGUUACCACAUCUUUUUGUUCCUAUUCUCACCGAAAAUAAUUGUCUUUGAGAAACAGCAAGUCUGGCUCUGCAUCAUUACUUUACAGACUUUUACUGCGUACAACAACAAACCAAAGCUUUUGUGGCAGCUGGACACUUUGCCAUCAAUUAUUAAUUCAGCUAUUUAUUCGAAAUGUGAGCCGCGAUUCUUUUAUUUUCUGACAGUGAAAUCGAGUUGAUCUUCAAACUGCAGACAUGCUGUCGUUCUUAAUCACAGAAACACGGCAUCUCUUCAAAACUAAAACAAAGAGAAUAUGUUUUUGUUCUCAUUCUCUUCACUGGAACAUGAGGUCAGACCUGCACUCUCAGAUCUUUUCAACUCGACGUGACACUUGCCUCUAUGUCAUGUUUACCAUUCCAUGCGAGCCAUUAACGUGCCAGAAAAUGAGCACCUUCGCUGUGUAUGGGAAGCAGUCAUUUAAAGGGAUAGUUCACCCAAAGAGGAAAAUUCACUCAUAAAGUAAGAGGGGUUUGAGUCCAAUAACCACUUUUGGAGUUCCAGGGUUAAAAAGUGUUUAAGCCAAAUCCAACACAAUUUAAGUACAUUGUGACUACUUUGUCAAACGUAUAAAAACAACAGAAAUAUAACUCAAAACCAUGUUUUUAGCCUAAAUGUCUGCUCUUACGAAAAACAGGGAGUAAAUGAUGCAGUUUUUAGUAGAAUUUGAAUAUCAGGGCUUCCGGACACUUGGAUGUUACCACAGGAGCAGUACGGAGGCGUUUUAUAUGUUUUUUUUCUAUUGAUUUUGUACGUUUGAAGAAGGAGUUGUCCCCAUUUACUUACUAUUGGAUUUGGCUGAAACACUGUUUACCCCUGAAACUUCAAACUGUUUUGUGGACUCAAAUGCUUCACCCACCCCUCCAUCGGCAGAAUGCUGUGUAGAUAAUUAGUGAAUUUUUUAUUUUUGUGUGAACUUUCCCUUUAACGUGAUUAGCAGAGUUAUACAGUUUCAGUUUCUGGAACGUAACUCUGGGGCUUUGCAGGCGCUCUGCCGGUUUUCCACGGCCUCGCUUCCCCCCCCCUCGAGACGCUCCACCCCAUCCUGUGUUCUUAUUUCUGGGCCUCCUCAGGAGAGCCGGAGGAAUGUCUGCUGGGGGAACUGCCACUGUAAAUAAAUAAUGGAGAUGACCUGGGUGUUUCUUUCCUGAGCGGAGGGCGUGUGCGAUUUGGUUCUUUUGUUGGACAGGCUAUCAUGUCAGCUGAGCGCGCUCCAUUCAGGAACUGAACUGUAGUCGGCCGGCGUGCUGACGUGUGCGUGUGGUUUUUGUUUUGUUUAUUAUGACUCUCUCUUCAGGCUGCUGGAGCCAAUGUGUGUAGCCUGCAGACUGGUAUUUGUGGCUUCAGCCAUAUGUUUUUGUUUUUUUUUGAUUAUUUUUGCUUAAAUCAGCAUCACCUCAACCUGCUGUCUUCCUGUUUCAUAAGAGACACUGAGCUGUUUAAAAGCACCACUAUCCCGGGCAGAACACUCACUGAUGAAUAAUAAAUGGAGGAGAUAAACUCGGACACUAAAUGGAUGCCCCUCCAGUAGAAUCUCAAAGGCUGUCUGAGCUCCCGCCAGGAGCUUACCUCUCUCUAGUUCCCUUCUUUAUUCUCAUCUCCUUCUGUCUGCUCCUCCCAGCACCAUAAACACUCAUUUAUAAACACGCACGUGCCGGGCCUCUUCACAAACAACACGCUAAUACCCAGAGACAUGGCCUCCAGUGUCAGGUAACACCCCGGAUCCCUGAAAAAUGCAGGGACACGUGAGAGGCCUCUAAAUAUAGUAGUGUUACCAUCACUGCUCCCAUGUGGUCCUUUAAUUGUCAUGUUACUCGUAAAUCCCCGGCCUGUUCGCCUCUGUGCGAUCACGACACUUAUCGUAAACCCGCUGCUGCUCUCCAUGGAAAAGAACCGAAGCGUUUGAGAUGGCAGAUAAAAGAGUUUUCCACCUUUCCUGUCAUGGUGGGAGCUGGAUAAUGAGGAGCCCACUGAGACACCAGUUGACUUUGCCAUAGGGCCCACCCUUGUAAGCAGCUCUAUAUCAAUAUAGGGCAAGGUUAAACGGUUCCUCCCAUUGUCUAGCUUCUGUGGAUAUUUUUGGGACAAACCCCCCCAAAAGGUUUCUAUUUUUACGAUUUAAUAUUCUCAAUUAGUUUCCAGAGAAACAAUGGCUAGUGCUGUUUAAAAUGCAAAGAUGAUGUCUUAUUUCUGCCUGGUUCAUGAAGGGAAAGCAUUGUUAAUGGAGAGUAUAACCUAAAUAUUAAAUCCUGCAAAAUAAGAUUAUAUAAAAUGUACCCAAAAUUGAUUGACAGUUUCUUCUGAAAACGUUUCCAGCCAAAGAAAUGUCCCAGUAACCGCAGAGGUUUGUGUUUAGUACCAGUGGCAUUUGAUGAUUGUUUUCAAUGCUGAUAACAAAUACAUGUUUAUUAUUACUAUUAGGAUUCUGGUACAAGACUCAGCAGUAGCUAGAUAUUGUAAAGCAGUAAUGCUUGGUUGGGUGUCAUUCAUUUGUUCUCAUUUGUCCAGCAUCCAGUCAAAUACUAUUCACUCUGCUUUGGUCUCCACCAAGAAAAAAUAUCUUAAUCUUGAGCCGUUAAAUCAGUCCAGUAUGUUCACUCUGUGUUUAAGGCAGUUGUCUGUCAGCUGUUUGAUUCCGGCGAGGUAGCAUAGAUUGGGUUUUUGAGCUUUUUUGCUUUGUUGCUUGAUGCAUCUUAAAAUGAUGCCAGUGACGAUGAAGCAAAACCAAAACAAUGAACUGAAAAAUGCUAAAAUACUCGGUACUGCUGAGGGAACCUUCAGCAGAUUCAAGUGUUAACUCUCUAUUAUCAUUAAUACAAGUCUCAGCUUUAGCAAAACACUGUUAUUCCAUUAACUUAGUGAGUUAUUUGAUUGAGCUGUCGCUUUUCAAGGUUUUGAAAGUUUAUGAAUGUACGCACACAGGCGAGCAAACACAAAAGCGGAUGUCCUGGUGCAAAUCAAUUAUUUGCCGUCCACAAAAUGGCUGUGUACACACCCGCGCACAUGCACACACACAUCCACUGUGGCACAACAGUGUGUACACACAGAAGUGGAUGUGGUAGUGUGAAUCAAUAAUGCUGUGUUGUCACAGGGUGACAUGUGAGCCAUGGCAGGGAGCAGAUGGCCCCGGGGUCCCAAGCUUCCUGUUAGCGGUGCGCACACACUUGAACAAAUGCACACACAUGCACACCAACACACACACAAGCACCAUCUCCCCUGGGAUUUCCCAGUGCAACUAGCCACAGCACUGGCCAUUAACAAACAGCAUGCCAUUAUUGGCUCUUCUCUGAAAUGCUGAGUACAUGCCCUCCCAAAACCUGACAACAGCCAGAUAAUGGUAAAUAGAUUUCAGUGCCUGGUCCGUGGAGGUCUGGGGUAAAUAACUCUCCGCACCCCUCCUGCAACCAAUGUGAUAUUUGGGCAGCGCAGCAAACGUCCCACAGGAAAUCGGAUCUGUUUCAGUCGACGCUGUGAGUGAGGUCAGCCGUUGCUCGGAUAUCACUUUGACUAUGUUGUAUUGAUUGAGCGUUUCCGAUGGGGCUGUGUCGGUAUCUCCCAGCAAAGACUCAAUUAACCCAGUGAACCGGUGGCUGUGUGUGCAGGUGAAAGAAAGACCCCGACAAGAUCAUUUUCUCACGCUGCCAACUUUCACCUGAUUGCAAAAAAAAGAGCAAUACACUCCGAUUGUGAGAUAAAAGCUUUGCACAGUACGUUGAUGCGCUUAUGUGGUAGGAAGCCGUGGCAGCGAGGAUGAUCGGCUUCAGUGGUGAAGACAUCUUGUCACUGUACCAGAUAACCCCUGAUGCUUUCUGGGAAAUCCUACUGCUACACUGACCUACCUCCGGCAGGAAUAUCCCAGCAGCACCGUGCCGCUGUUAUACGAGUCUACUACGAACGCCGCCUUCAAUUGGUUAUUCAACUCUCAAAUGAUGACAGAUACUUCAAAGGCAAUGGGGAGAGUUGGAAAAAGGAGAACUGACAGUGAUUCCUUUUCUUCUUAGGUGUUUUAUUUAUCAUUUUUUGGUAUUUUUUGACAGUACAGUGAUUAAUGUCUGUGUAUGUUCUCAGAAGGCAUCAGUUUUUGAUUUCCCCCCCCCCUUUCUCAUUAUUACGAUGCCUGGAUUCAGUUAUGUCAGGCGCCCCUUUGCUUUAUAGAGAAGCGUUAACUCUGUGACCUGUCUAGACGAGGCUCGUGUCUGCAAAUGUAACCGCACGUAGUUUAAUCAACUCUGCUAAUUGACCUGUAAAGUGCUUCAUUUAUCUUUCACACUUUAUGAACACUCAUGGUUGUAAAAGAAAAAGCGAGAGAGUCCAAUAACUAUGCGUGUUCUCUCCAUUUAAUCUACAGAAUUUCAUUAAACCAUUGUGGAAAAAAAGAGCUUUGAUUGUCACUGUGUCAAAUUAUCAGCUGGCUGGUUCAAACUCAUCCUCUGAAGCCACCCAGUCUAUCAGGGUGAGGCAGCCAGACUCCUUGACCUUCGAUAUUCUCAUUAAUACGAGUCCACAUUCCUGCACUCCGGGGAGGAGAUGGGUUGGAAAAAUAUUCCUGGAUGAAAUGGCUUAACUUCACAAGCAGUCUUUGAUCAGGAGGUGAGGCUAACAGGGUUGUAGAGGAGGAGUGCAUGGAGAGGAGGCUUGUAAAGCCAUAAACACACAGUCCAUACCCUCUGACCGCCACAUGUACCGCAGCCAGGUCCAGGCUGGCAAGGUGAUAGUCAGGGGAAAAAAGUAAUUAUGGUCUCCACCGCCAAGGUUGAAAGACCAAAGCAAAACAAACGUAGCUAGUAGAUAAAGAGGGUUUGAUCUCAUUGGAGUUCAUGCUGUUAAGUAAAGUGGGCGUAGAUUAGCUCACUCCACAGAAAUUUACAGAGCAAACAUAGUUCAAGUCUCCUGUUCAAGUCAUCUGACUCAACAAUCAUCUGAUUCUCAGCUGAUCCACCUCCUGACUAGAAAGCAGAGGAAAGAGCACACCGGCGUUAAGUAGCACAAGAAUAAAUAAAGAAGGAACAUUUCAAACACGCCCUGGUUCAUAUAUGAGUAAAUGUCUUCCUGCAUACAGAUUAGUUAAGAUAAACUUUAUAGAUCCCAGGCCAGGUAGAUUCAUUCAUUACAGCAACAAAUACGUAUAUAUAAUAUCACUGUAGCAUUCUUUACCAAGAUGGAUGAUAGAUAGAUUAUGGAUAGACAGAUAGUAGGUGUGAAUUCACAAUAAAAUACAAUAUGAAAAUAAAAAUGGCCUGUUAAUUUAUCUACAGUAUAAAAGUCUUUAUUUUAUAAACUCUCAUCUUCCAUUCACAUGGCAUCAAUGUUAUUUGACAACAGACUCUGAAUGUAACUAAUGACAUUUUCCAUGGAUUAUUCCGAGGAGACAAUGCUUUAAAAAAACUCUAUUAGGAACUGACGUGUUCCUUAUUAGCUUUCUGCACAUUUAACACCAGACCCACGAUGUCACAAUAGGCAACUUAUUAUCAUUCCACAUGUAGGCUCUGUUUCCCUUUGGUCUGUGUGCUCAGACUGGGAAGGUCACACAGCUUAGCGUGAGCCAACCUGCACAGAUAAUUCAAACAAUCCUACUUUUUAAAAAGCGUACAGCUCAGCGCAGCCUCUCCAAGGUCCCUGUGAGGACAGGGAGUAGAAGUAACACCCACCUCAGCUCUGAGCCACCGAAUGAAGCUUCAUUAUCAUUCAUCUAUGUUUGAGAUGGGUGUAGUUCUAGUUAUUUUAUUACAUAAUGUAAGUGUGUGCGUUUAAGCCGUGUUCCUUAUGCGGAUGACUUAUCUCAGGCUUCAUUCCUCCUCACAUCAGGCCUCUCUGGUGUGCACAGUGCAGUUGUUUGUUACCACACAUCAAUGCAUUCCUCUCAUUCCUUUCCCCCUCAGCCUGGAUGAAAAUCAGCUGGUUGCCUGAGAGAGGUCAUUGAACUUUCCCCCAGUAUUCCCAGUCUGAAAGGAGGGGGAAGGAGAGGGGGGGGAUGUCUGUGCAGAGAACGUCUUGUGCUCAUUCUGUGAUUUGGAAAGAUGCGGCUGUGGUUAUCGGCUUAGGCUUUUUUUCUGUCGGAAGUUGAAAUGUGCGAAGAAUAAUGAUCUCGUUCCCUCCCUCCUGUUUCUAAAUGACCUCACUCUCCAUGCAGGAUACGGGAUGUUUGGUCACGCAUUUCACAAUUUUCAGCUCUCAGCCUGUGGUUUAAGCUGCUUUCCUUCCCAUAUUGAGUUUUGCUUUGUCUUCCCACAUGUUUUUCGCAUGAUGCAAAUAUGAAAACCAGAGCCGGUGGAAGUUUUCAGAUCGUUUUGCUUGGGUAAAAGUCAUAGUAUAACAGCAUUCAAAACCUUAA